GAUCAUUGCAGCGGGGUGUGUUGUUUGGGGAGAGAGAGAGAGAGAGGGUUAUAUUGGAUACUUGUACGCCAGGAAUGCUGUGAAAACGAAGGAUCUCUGUGCACGACUUCCAGCCGUGAACUCCCAAUUUGCGUGCCGACGGUUCAUAUCCCUAAAGACAUUCGGCCGGCUUUUGUUUGAACAUGUUUUUAUUGAACCGAUCUUGACUUUAAAGUUCUACCUAUGUUGUCAGUGGCACUACAGGUAGUUGGGAAGACGAUCCCGGAAGAACUCGUACUACAGGUUGCCAGUUUGUAUUCAAAGCCUGCUGCUGGCUUUUUACUAUAGGACGAACGAAUCCACCUAACGCAAUUCAUGUCAUCGGAAAUUUUUCUGAAUUAGUAGCCUGGUUUUUCAGUAUUUCCCCCUAAAUCCUGAAUUAGUAAACGGAAAGAAAAUGAAGGAAUUACGGAAAAAGAAAGUGUACGUUGUGAUAGACGUGCUGUGCGUGGUUGUUGCGGCCUUGCCCUUCAUCGUCAUGACGAUCCGCUUCCAGCCGUAUCACAGGGGGGUUUAUUGUGACGACGAGAGCAUCAUGUAUCCCAUAAAGCCUGACACCAUCACCCACGGCCUACUGGCGGCUGUCACCAUUUCCUGCACGGUUAUCAUUGUAUCGUCUGGAGAGGCCUACCUCGUCUACAGCAAGCGGAUCUACUCAAACUCUAACUUUAACCAGUACGUCGUGGCACUCUACAAAGUACUGGGCACCUUCCUGUUUGGAGCGGCUGUCAGCCAAUCACUGACUGACUUGGCAAAGUUCACCAUCGGACGGCCGAGGCCCAACUUCCUGUCUGUGUGCGACCCAAAGCACUGCGUUGGGUACACGAGGAAUAUCAGCUGUACCGGGCCACCGCAAGAUGUCACAGAGUCCAGAUUGUCUUUCUAUUCUGGCCACUCCUCCUUUGGGAUGUACUGCAUGCUUUUCCUAGCGUUGUACGUGCAGGCCCGUCUGAUGGUGAAGUGGGCGCGGCUCUUGCGGCCCACCAUCCAGUUCUUCCUGGUGGCGUUCGCCGUCUACGUGGGCUACACGCGCGUCUCGGACUACAAGCACCACUGGAGCGACGUGCUGGUGGGCCUGCUGCAGGGAGCUCUCGUAGCCGUGCUCAACGUUCGCUUCGUGUCGGACUUCUUCAAGAAGCGUCCCCCGCGCUGCGCGGCCGACCCCGACGCCCUGGAGAGCGAGGAGCCCGAGAGGAAGCCCAGCCUGCAGCUGGUGGACGGCGAGAGCAACAACCAUUACAACCACCACCUCCAACACACCCCCGGCUCGGUGUGAGCCCGGCCCCAGGCCCCGCGGGGUCCCUCCGCAGACCCCUGGCUGUGGUCGGGCGGCCCCUCCGACACCACACCAGAGACAGAGAGAGAGAGCGAGAGAGAGAGUAUGGAAUCCAGUUGAUGGACUUUAUUCCCUCUAUUGUUUGCGGGUGUGUUUGUUUGUGAGUGUGUGUGUGUGUGUGUUAGUGUUUGUGUGUGUGUGUUUUAGUAGGUGUUGACCAAAGGCCUCUGCGUGUGCUCAGACACCCUGGGUUUUACAAGGUGUUCCCCGCCUCAAGGUUCAAUAAGAAUGCAGCGGCCGAUGUAACGUACCUCCUUUUAUAUAUUUUUUAUGAAUGACGCCAUCGGCCAAGCAUGUGGAUUGACAGGCUGCAACAACGCCCCCCACCCCCCGCCCGCCCCUGUAACCCUAACCCCCCCCCCGCCAAGCUCUCUAACCACUGGACCGACUGAGGGGUACCUUAAGCCCCCUCUAAAAGCACCAUGAUGACGCCCCUUCUCCUCUAAGGAGAUUGGAGUAUAAUAUAAUGUUUAUUACAGGCAUCAUGUUAAUGAUGAAGUAUAUAUAUAUAUAUAUAUAUAUAUAUAUAUAUAUAUAUAUAUAUAUAUAUAUAUAUAUAUAUAUAUAAUUGCUUUACGUUUGACUUUUUAAACUAUGUUUUUGUAUAGAAAACUUUAUAUGUCUGCAGAGUGAAGGAAAAUAAUAGUUUUGGAAGUUUUGGUAGGUUUUUGUUGUGUCGCAUUUUAGCGCACCUUAAGAUGGUCUUACACACUUGGAGAAUGGGAUAACUUUAGUUUUAUUUUCAGCAUGUUUGAUAGGUAUGCACUCUUGACAACAGCCGAUGAUAUACAGAAUCCAUCGAUUGAUGAUGUCAUUCAUUGUUUGAUUAUGUGUUACCAAAGAUUUUAGAAUAACGCUUCCAAAAGCAUUAUAAAGUGACUGUUCUCAUAUGAGAACCUGCCUGUUCUUGAUUUAAAAACUUUUCAUACUUUUUUAUACAUACUUAGAAUUCCAUAUUGUCUUCGUAAAACUGGCUUUGCCCUUAACGGGAAGCAGUCCUUUUCCUUUUACCAAGGCUUUUAUUGAAUUGUAAUUCACCUGUGUGAAGUGGACUGCGGAUGAGGUAGAUUUAGAUGUUUAACAGUAAAAAAUACCACUACAAGAUUGCGAACAAUCACUGGCAUGAAAGCAUUUGGAUAUUUGACCUUUUUCUAAUAUCACAUUUUAUUGUUGGAAUUUCUGUGUGUUUCAUUUGACCGUAAAGGUUAGGGAACUGAACAGGCAUUUAAGAGGGCUGUUUUGAAAAUGGUAUAUAAUUAAUUAAAACUCAAAUAAAUACUUAAUCUAGUCUGACGAAGAAAUCUUAAAAAUGUCUUUAUGCCAGCGCUGUUCAAGGUCAUUGUGCAGCCCCUCUGCUUGCCACUAUGAGCCACAGACACUCAAUCCAUCACCCUGAGAUAUGUUCACAUUGAAUGAAGGAUGCUUGUACACACACACACACACACACACACACACACACACACACACACACACACACACACACACACACACACACACACACACACACACACACACACACACACACACACACACACACACGCACACACGCGAGUAUGUUUUUGUUUCACUCGUUGCCUAGCUUUCAUUUCCCGCACACGGGGAACGCACCGAUGCCCUCAAUAAAUCAAGAAGGCGUCUCAAACUGGUGCCUUUCUGGGUUUGCCACACAAAGGUAUCCAAUUCCCGGGGCCAAACGUGAUCCAGAUGCCUUGGCAGGGCUUUUGAGAGGCUUGUAAUGAGGAAGGCCUCCACAGCAAACCGUGGGCUGGCAGCCAAACACCCGCCCUCCCCCGCCCCUAACUUCCACUUCAAAGAUUCUUCCUGGGUUCUCUCUUUCUCUUCCCUUUCCCGGCCGCUGAUAGAUGGGGUUAAUUUGCGAUUAAGGGGGCCGGCCCCGCAUCCAUGUCCUUGUAUGGUACCGCAAGGGCCCCGCUAUGUAUCAGACCGGACCGAAAACCAACGGUUAGGGAUAGGUGGAGAGGCGUGUGGAGGUUGGAUUAGGAGGGAAGGGAAAUGUGGUGGGGAGGGGGUACCCAGAAGUUAAAUCUCCCACCUUGUAGUGAUUGUGUGGCCCCCUGAAAGACAUUGUUUGCCCCCCCCCCCACACUGUUCUUGUUGAGUCACCAUCCCCUAGGGACCUCUGCAGGGCUUCAGCCCCGGCAAUGAGGCGCACCUGGUGCUGUUUUUCUGAAUGGCGUUGGGUGGGGCACCCCAACACCCACCCCCCCACCCACCCCCCUGGCCCUCACUUUGCAUUCUUAAAUCCGCGCCAGUAGCCCGAGAUUAAAGCGAAGACCAGCACAAUGGUUUCCCUCUUGAGGAGUACAAAAGAAAAAUUCCCCUGAACAUUAUUAGAGGUAAUGUGGCUCCAUGUAUUUAAAAUGUAUAUUUCCCUGCUUUGUAUAUUAGUGCCUUAGGAUAGGCAUCGGCUUACCAUUUUAUUUUUUUCACUUUGUAUAAAAUAGUGUUUUAUUUUUUGUGUGUUUUUACCUUUUUGUAUGUCUUUCUAUAAAUGGCUGAUAAGAAAUACAUUUAAAUAAAGACAGACUGUACAGUCAAAUCUCUA